AUGCUGACCGCCGCCCUCCUGCUCGUCGCCUGCGAACGCGAGGCGUAUUUUCGGCUCCCGACGCGGUGGUUCUCCGAGCGGGAGGCGGCGCUGCUCACCACGGCGCUGAUCAACGCGGCGAUCGCGAUCGGCUGCGGCCUCCUCUUCUUCGGCCUCCGCCACGCCUCGCCCACCAUCCGGCUCCGGGUCUACUCGCCGCUUGCCGGCUCGUGGAGCGGCGCGAGCGGCGGCGCCGAGCCGUGGCCGCCCGACGUCUGGAUCGGCGGGCUGCGGUGGCUGCUGUGGCCGCCUCGCUGGGCGCCCGAGUCGCGGUACACGCUCGAGCUCUGCAUGAUGAUCCGCUUCCUCUCCAUGAACUUCAGACUCUUCGCCCUCUUCGCGCCACUCGCCUUCCUUGUCUUGUUGCCGGAGGGGAAGGACUACAUUGGCGGGCUCGAGGCGCUCUCCCUCAACCACCUCCCGCCCGGUCAGCACACGCAGAUGCGGAAGACUCAGACGCACUUCUCGCUCCGCGCCUCUCCUGCCGCGCACAUCCAUUGGUACCUGCUCACGCUGCUGUACCUGUCGCUCCUGCGGCGCGAGUGGCCCGUCUACGCGCGGCUCCGACACAUGUGGGACGCGCAGCCGGCGCCGCACCGCUACGCCGUCCUGCUGCGCGUGUCGCCCGCCGCCACGCCGCCGAGCGUGCUCGAGGAGCGGCUCGCCGCCCUCUUCCCUGGCGAGCGGCUGACUUACCCGUACAAGUACUCGCGGGCGAUGAUGGUGAUCAACAUCGGAGUGAUGUACGCCUGCAUCGCGCCGCUCGUCUUCUUCAUCCUUCUGUGGCUGGUGGUGAUCGUGCCCAUCUGGAGCUACAACCUGCAGUAC